GUAAGAAAAUGAUUAUCUCCUAACGGAUGCAAGAGAAGAUCAGUUGUGAAUUGAAGUUAUGGCUACUGCCUGUUCACUAUUCCUCUCUCCACCUCGAGCUCCGAUUUCUCGUUCAAGGACUCCAAUUCCAAUUCCAUCUCAUUUCUGUCUCUACAGAUCCACCAAUCUUCCUACCAACUUCAAUCGCGUCUUUCCAAUUCAAUCCUCACUUCGCAGUCACUCGCACGCCGAGUCUCUACAAUCCAACCAUCACUUUGCCUUCCGCAAUUUCUUUAUCGAUAGCCUUCCACUUUCUUCCGCUUUGAAUUUUCUUCUCCUUUUCUCCACGUCUCUAGCCUUGUCGCUAGCUAUAUUUGUUGCGGAUGUCGAUUCCGCUUCUGCUUCUGUAGUCACCAAGCCGAGGAAGUUACAGUCCGAUGAGCUAGCUACAGUUCGCCUUUUCCAAGAGAAUACUCCUUCCGUUGUUUAUAUCACCAAUCUCGCUGUUCGGCAGGAUGCUUUUACACUGGAUGUGUUGGAGGUGCCUCAAGGAUCUGGCUCAGGAUUCGUUUGGGAUAAAGAUGGUCAUAUUGUCACCAAUUAUCAUGUUAUUCGCGGUGCAUCUGAUCUGAAGGUGACUCUUGCUGACCAGUCAACUUAUGAUGCGAAGGUAGUUGGAUUUGACCAAGACAAAGAUGUUGCAGUUGUGCGUAUAGAUGCGGAUGCAAAAAAACUGAGACCUAUACCUGUUGGACUUUCUGCGGAUUUGCUUGUUGGCCAAAAAGUAUUUGCCAUAGGGAAUCCUUUUGGACUAGACCACACUCUUACAACAGGUGUAAUAAGUGGGUUAGGAAGAGAAAUCAGUUCUGCAGCCACUGGCCGACCAAUACAAGAUGUUAUUCAGACAGAUGCUGCCAUCAACCCUGGUAACAGUGGAGGGCCACUCCUUGAUAGUUCAGGGAACCUUAUAGGAAUAAAUACAGCUAUCUACUCACCAUCUGGUGCAUCAUCUGGUGUUGGAUUUUCAAUUCCAGUUGAUACGGUAAAUGGAAUAGUUAAUCAGUUGGUUAAGUUUGGGAAAGUGACUAGACCCAUUUUAGGAAUCAAAUUUGCACCAGAUCAAUCUGUGGAGCAACUUGGAGUUAGUGGGGUGCUUGUUUUGGAUGCUCCAGCUAACGGACCUGCUGGAAAAGCAGGGUUGUUGUCAACUAAACGCGAUGCCUAUGGAAGACUCAUUUUGGGAGAUAUUAUAACCUCUGUAAAUGGGAAAAAAGUCAGUAAUGGUAGUGACUUGUAUAGAAUUCUUGACCAGUGUAAAGUUGAUGAGAAGGUAAUUGUUGAAGUGCUGAGGGGAGAUCAGAAAGAGAAGAUUCCAGUAAUUCUCGAGCCAAAGCCUGACGAAUCAUAACAUACAUACAUACCACCACCCCCAUUAAGUAAGACAAAUGAUGUACUAAUUAAUCAUUGUAUAUAUAUUAUUAUGUUUCUUUAGUGGGAUUUUCUACAUCCAAAUGUUAUUAUUAUGCUGGUAGAGUUGUUCUAGUGCAACUCUUCCAUUAAUAGUUCCAAAAAUAUAAAACUAGCCCAUUUAUUUAUU